UGUAAUUGGUGAUUUUUCCACCCAUAGCUUUGAUUUCAUUUUUGAUAACAUUGAUGGACAGUAUCCAGAAUUAACAAUUAAUAAAUUGAAAACAUGGAAGAACAGCAAAUAUGUCACUGUUGUUUCACCACUGUUGAAGAAUGCUGAUGAUCGUGGUAUCAUUUUGGGGACUUUGAUGUCAGCUACACAAGCUGGUUUGGAUACAAUAAUGUCUAUAAAAGAUGGAAGAUCUUUCAGAUGGGCUUAUUUUAUUCCAAACGGAUGUGCCUUGAAAACUAUUGCUAAAAUGAUUGACAAAAAACAGAUAAAUCCAGUAAUUGAAAAAGUUUACAUGUUUGAUGAAACACCUGAAGCAUAUAGAAGGCUCUUAAAAGGCCAUGCACGUGGUAAAGUAGUUAUAAAUGUGAUGUCAGCUGAAAAUGAAAGCAUGGAUCAAAAGAAGGAAUCAAACACAAUUAAACAAAACCAAAAUGUAUAAAAAAAUAUUUAAUAAAUUUGUCUGUACAUGCUA